UAUGCUAAAACCUUUUUAGCCUCCCAGGACGUGGGCGCCGAGAAGGAUUAUUAAGUGCUAAUCUAAUCUUAGGCGGCCGAAGCCAGGGUUGUCUUUUUUAACUCAGAUUCCGGCAUUCGAGAGUUCGAAACUGGCGGAGGCUAGGGUUUUUAAUUCCGGUGUUCGAAACAAAGUCGGACUGGGUCUCGGAUUGGGCUUCUAUUAGGCUUUCGUCCGGCUCAUCUUGGGGGAAAGGAAUAGCUCGCGGUCACAAUCACUUCUCUGCGAGAGAUUUUGAAUCCUUUUCCUUCGCGCGAUCGGAGAAAAGUCGGCCGAAGGCCGACGUCCCGGAGAUUUCUCGAUCUUGGUUUUGAUUCAGAUCACUCUUUCUCUCUCUCGGUUUUUCGAUCCGGUUGGAGCUAUAAUGCGGUAGAAAACCUUCGACUGGGGCUGGUUUCUUGAGCUCAGAGGAGCUCCGGAGGUCGAAAACCAUGAACGUCCCAAUUAUUGAUCCGUUGCAAGGGGAUUUUCCGGAGGUGAUAGAGGAGUAUCUGCAGCAUGGGAACAUGAAAUGUAUCGCCUUCAAUCGGAGAGGAACUCUUCUUGCUGCUGGCUGUGCUGAUGGGAGUUGUGUCAUAUGGGAUUUUGAGACUAGGGGGGUUGCUAAAGAGCUCCGGGACAAAGACUGUAUUGCCCCUAUAACAAGCGUUUGCUGGUCCAAGUAUGGUCACCAUAUGCUAGCUUCUGCUACUGACAAGUCAUUAACGCUUUGGAAUGUUGUUAAUGGGGAGAAGAUUGCUCGUGUGACUCUUCAGCAAACUACUCUUCAUGCACGUCUCCAUCCAGGGUCCUGUACUCCAUCAGUCUGCCUAGCUUGUCCGCUCUCUUCUGCACCUAUUCUUGUUGAUUUGAACACUGGUAGCUCCACUGUUCUUCCAGUUUCGGUGUCAGAUGCAGGAAAUGGCACUACUGCUCCACAUCAACGUAAUAAAUUUUCUGAUGGUUCUCCACCCUUCACUCCCACUGCAGCAACUUUUAACAGGUAUGGGGAUCUAAUAUAUGUGGGGAAUUCCAAAGGUGAGAUACUCAUUGUAGAUUCAAAGAACAUCAGGGUACAUGCAAUAAUUCCUAUUUCUGGGGGUUCCGUAGUCAAGGAUAUUGUUUUUAGUAGGAAUGGGCAGUAUCUGCUCACAAAUUCAAAUGACCGAGUCAUCAGAGUAUAUGAAAACCUUGUUCCUCGGAAAGGUGCAGCAAAGGAACUUGAAGCAAUGCGCAGCCUUGAUGAUGAAUUUCAAGGGAUUGAGAAGUUGAAAGUAGUUGGCUCUAAGUGCCUGGUUCUAUUUCGGGAGUUUCAGGAUGCGGUGACAAAGAUACAAUGGAAAGCACCAUGUUUUAGUGGUGAUGGUGAGUGGGUUAUUGGUGCUUCUGCUAGCAAAGGAGAGCAUAAAUUAUACAUAUGGGACAGGGCUGGGUAUCUUGUUAAAAUCCUAGAAGGACCUAAAGAAGCUCUUAUAGAUCUUGCCUGGCACCCUGUUCGUCCUUUGGUCGUCUCUGUUUCUGUUGCUGGCUUGGUGUAUAUUUGGGCCAAAGACUACACAGAAAAUUGGAGUGCAUUUGCUCCUGACUUCAAAGAACUCGAGGAGAAUGAAGAAUAUGUUGAAAGAGAAGAUGAAUUUGAUUUGAUGCCUGAAUCAGAGAAGGCGAAAGAAUUGGACAUUAAUCAAGACGAGGAAGUUGACAUUGUGACCAUAGAGAAGGAUUCAGCUUUUAGUGAUUCUGAAGCAUCACAGGAGGAGCUGUGUUUCUUGCCUGCAAUCCCUUUACCAGACAUUCCUGAACAACAAGACAAAUGCUUUGGAAGCUCAUCGAAGUUGGAGGAUAGCAAUCAUUCUGGCUCCCCAUUUUCAAUUGAAGCAGCACAGAAUGGUCAGGCUAUGCUUCCUACUUCAAGUCCACUAGAAGUGGUGGGUAAUUCUACUGCAGAAGAGGUGAUGGGGACCACAGGCUUAAAGAGGAAGAGGAGGCCAUCAGCCAAGGGGUUGGAGUUGCAGGCAGAGAAGGGCCGGAAACCCUUAACAAAAAUCAAGCCAUCAGCCAAGUUGUCUAAAUCCAAAAACAAACAUGGGGAUGGGCUCGACACGAAUGGCUUUGUAUUCGAGGAUGAUGUAACUGAUGAGUAUCUAUAGACAAUUCUAAUUGAUUCCAAUUCCAUAUUUAUUUUUGG